CGGCCCGUGCUCCUGUUAUUCUCCUGCCUGCCGAGGAGCCAGUAGGGGCCCCAGGAGUGAAUGAGAGUGGUUUGGGGGGAAAGGGGACGUUCACGGGGAGGGAGGGCCGCCUGCACGCGCGCACCUGCCCCGGGGUGAGGAGCAGGGACCGGGAGACCGCGCGGUGCCCCGUCCCGGGAGCCGCGGAGGGAAGCUGAGCGCCCGCGGGCAGGCUGCAGGCAGGAGGCCGGGCGCGGAGGCCCGGGGGGCCAAGGCCAGGGCCUGCGGGAUGAACUUCGCGGUGGGUUUCAAGCCGCUGCUAGGGGAUGCACACAGCAUGGACAACCUGGAGAAGCAGCUCAUCUGCCCCAUCUGCCUGGAGAUGUUCUCCAAGCCCGUGGUCAUCCUGCCCUGCCAGCACAACCUGUGCCGCAAGUGCGCCAACGACGUCUUCCAGGCCUCCAACCCUCUGUGGCAAUCCCGGGGCUCCACUGCUGUGUCGUCAGGAGGCCGUUUCCGCUGCCCAUCUUGCAGGCAUGAGGUUGUCCUGGAUCGACAUGGCGUCUAUGGCCUGCAGCGAAACCUGCUGGUGGAGAACAUUAUUGAUAUUUACAAGCAGGAGUCCUCCAGGCCACUGCACUCCAAAGCGGAGCAGCACCUCAUGUGUGAGGAACACGAGGACGAGAAGAUCAACAUCUACUGCCUGAGCUGCGAAGUGCCCACCUGCUCACUCUGCAAGGUCUUUGGGGCCCACAAGGACUGUGAAGUGGCACCACUGCCCACCAUUUACAAACGCCAGAAGAGCGAGCUCAGCGAUGGCAUCGCCAUGCUGGUGGCGGGCAACGACCGAGUGCAAGCAGUGAUCACACAGAUGGAAGAGGUGUGCCAGACCAUCGAGGACAACAGCCGCAGGCAGAAGCAGUUGUUAAACCAGAGGUUCGAGACCCUGUGCGCAGUGCUGGAGGAGCGCAAGGGCGAGCUGCUGCAGGCGCUGGCCCGCGAGCAGGAGGAGAAGCUGCAGCGCGUGCGCGGCCUCAUCCGGCAGUAUGGGGAGCACCUGGAGGUCUCCUCCAAGCUGGUGGAGUCGGCCAUCCAGUCCAUGGAGGAGCCCCAAAUGGCGCUCUACCUCCAGCAGGCCAAGGAGCUGAUCACUAAGGUCGGGACCAUGGCGAAGGUGGAGCUGGCGGGGCGGCCCGAGCCCGGCUACGAGAGCAUGGAGCAGUUCUCGGUGAGCGUGGAGCACGUGGCCGAAAUGCUGCGGACCAUCGACUUCCGGCCCGCUGGGGAGGACGAGGACGAGGAGGUGGCGUUCGACGGGGACGAGGGGAACGCGGGCCCCGAGGAAGAGCGGCCCAGCGCAUCGGAGAGCCUGCACUGACGCGGUCCCCGGUGGAGAGCCCACGCCUCUCCCCCCCCCCCCCCCAGCCCCGGGGUCCCGCGCCCGCCCGGUGGAGGACCCGCGCCCCGGGGGUGGGGCCUCAAUAAAGGAUCCUUGUGUCCCAGA